CGGCCCAUCUGUUCUGACUGCUGACCCUCGCCGAGUUCCAAAGGAAUUCACAGACAAAGCCAACUUUACUGCAGACGUUUUCAUAUUAGCCUUCUUCCACGUCCCAUUUUAUCUUUAUUUUUUAGACAGACAUGACUUGCUCACUGGGGAUCCUGCUCUGCGUAGCUGUGCUGUUCCGGACCUCACAGCCUCUCAUCAUGGAUAAACUUGCAGACAACAAGUUUUGUGCAGAUGCAGAGUGUUCAUAUGCUCUCUCAUUGGCCACGGCCAUAAACGACUUUGCUGCUCCCGAUUGCAGAUUCAUCAACAUCAGGGCAGGACAGAUGGUCUAUGUGUAUUCUAAACUUGUGCCGGAAGAGGGCGCUGGUGUCUUUUGGUCUGGAAGUGUUUAUGGUGAGCGCUACGUGGACCAGAUGGGUAUCAUAGGAUACUUCCCUGCCACCUUGGUGAAGGAGUCAGUAAAGUUCAAGGAAGACACUGUUCAGAUCCCCACAACCGACAUGGAUUUCUACUGUGAUUGAUUGAUGACAGAGCACCCCAAUAAUGUCCCAUAAUUAUCAUAAUCACAAUCAUUCUCUGUGGAUUACUGCCAUUAGUGGGAAAAUUGGGUAUAUUGAGUCAAAUGAACGGCUUUGGCUUUGCUUUUAUCCUCUGCAGACAAUUUUCGUAAUAAAUCUUUUCAUCAUUAUUUGCUGCAUGUUAUG